ACUAAUCUGUAUUGUCAAAAUCAACUGACUGAUACAUUAUGUGUGUGCGUAACUACAAAUAAUAUAAACUGAUUUACUUAAAAAAUACCUUCCAAUAAUUAAAUUAUGUUUUGCUGUAAGCUGUAAACAAUUAAGUACAAAAUAUAAGAAAGCAAAUUUAUAAAAAUGUCGAAAGACUAAACUGUAACAAUAAAAUACCACAUCGAGUCAGUACUACCUUGUAAACCCGUUAAUUAUUCAAGUUAAUCUUGCAUUUAUGGAUUCGAAGGAACCACUUGGACCAUCUCCAGCUGUACUCGCUAAACGUGAUAAAGUUAAACCAAGCCAAUGGUGCCAUAAAGUUAACAUCGAAUUCGAUAAUUGGUGUGACUCCGACAACCCAAAAACAAUAUUGCCAAAUGAUGUCAUCAAAGCAGCAGCGGCCAUUACACAUGAAAUACCCAAAACCCCCCUUACGAAAUCUCGAUAUACAACAAAAUUAAAUAUGGAUUUAUAUUAUAAACUAGAAAUAUUUCAUCGAACGGGAAGUUUCAGCGAGCGUGGUGCUCUUUACUCUCUCAAAAUGUUGGGUGUCGAGCAACGAAAAAUUGGUGUAAUAACAGCGUCCCUAGGUAACUGGGCAAUGGCACUAGCAUAUUAUGGAUGCAAAUUAAACAUACCAGUAACUGUAGUCCUUCCCGUAUAUACACUAGUGAGUGUUGUAGAAAAAUGCAAGUACUUUAAAGCAAAGGUGAUUUUAAACGGAAAGAAUUUAGCGGAAUCUAAACGUCACGCAUUUACAAUACUGGCGGACAGUGGCAAAACCUAUAUAAAUGGCUAUGAUCACCCUCAUGUUAUCGCAGGAGCUGGAACGAUUGGUAUCGAAAUAUUAGAGCAAUUGCCUCAAAUUGAUGCGAUACUCGUACCUGUCGGUGGAGGUGGUUUAAUCGCUGGGAUUGCUGCCAUAGUGAAACACAUAAAACCAGAAGUCCUCAUUUAUGGCAUCGAACCCGUUAAGUGCUGUUCUUUCUUUAAAGCAAUGGAAAAUAAGUGGCCCUACGAAACUGCUGUUUCCAGAAGUCUGGCCGAAUCGUUAGCAGUCCCCACGGCGGGUUACAAUGCAUACAACACCGCACAAUCUAUGAUUGAUAAAAUGGUACUUGUGGACGAUGAUUGGAUAACGCGCGCCGUACUACACUUGGUGGAAAGUGAAAAAAUAGUAGUUGAGGGUGCUGGAGCGGUCAGCAUGAGCGCUCUUUUAGCUGUUCCCGAAAUAAUACCAGAAUUGCGAGAGAAAACUGUGGUGUGCUUAAUCACUGGAGGAAACAUCGAUGCCGUCACUCUACCGAAAUGUUUAGAUCGUGCAAAAGCUGUUGAAGGUCGGCUGAUAAAACUAACGGUAGCAUUACCGGUAGACGGCAUGAAAGAACAGGUGCAAAUUUUGAGAAUAAUCGCCAAUGUAGGGUGUAACAUUGUACGAAGCUACUAUGAAAGGGGUUGGACAACAGGCAAUGAAUUCUUUAAGAUUUACCUCACGCUACUAAUCGAAACAACGGGCUUGGAGAAAUCUUGUACUCUAAAAAGAGUGAUGGAACGAUUGUUCCCCGAUAAAUGUAAAUUCUUAGAAGAACCCUUCAGCCCUAUCCCGAUGUGUGCUUGUUUCCCCAAAAGAUUCUGCUGAAAAUUAUUUUAAUUUAUUAUAAAAACAUGCAGCGUAUCUACUGACUUUAUUUCAUAACUAAUCAAACCAAUAACCUUAUAUUAAAACUAUUCUUCUUAAUAGAACUUAUUACCAAAUAAUUACCUUUUUAUAAAACGGUUUCAGUCGAUAUGUAAUUCUACCUCGUGAAUAAAAAUACGUAAAUGUUUA